AGCAUCACACUCAUCAAAAACAAAAAUCUUACUCUCAUAUUUUGAGUAGAAAAGAUGAGUUCCAAAGCACUUCUUCUUCUCGGCCUUUUCUUGGCUGUGGCUCUUCUGAUUUCUUCAGAAGUUGCUUCAGCUAGAGACCUUGCUUCCGUUGAUCCAUCUGAGGAAACCGAUGGGCGCGGUGGAUACAAUCGUGGCGGUGGUGGAGGCCAUGGAGGCGGCCAUGGAGGAGGCCACGGAGGCAAUGGUGGCGGCCAUGGAGGCCACGGAGGCUACGGAGGAGGCAAGGGCGGAGGUGGUCAUGGAGGCUACGGAGGGGGCAAGGGCGGAGGUGGUCAUGGAGGCUACGGAGGGGGCAAGGGCGGAGGAGGCCACGGAGGCAAGCGUGGUGGGCGCGGAGGCCAUGGAGGAGACGAAGGUGGCAACUAAUGUCCCCAUGGAAACUGAGACUCAAGAAUUAAGCCAUUGCUAGUGUGUAUCUAAAAUGCCAUGAAUAAAAUGCAAUGGCUCUAUUUUA